UCCUUUAGCCUCUGCUGCCAGGGGUAUAAACAACGUGUGAGUGGAGGGGUGGGUUAGGAGGACAACACAUAACCAAAUCUACUAUUGACCACUCAAAAGGUUAGGUUGAUAUUUUACUUUGCUUGAAUGUCGAGGAUUAGAAGCCCAUUGUCUGUGUGGUAAUGAGAAUGUGAACAAGAGUGCACUGUCCUUUGCCAUGGGGAAACACUCAAUUCCCUGAGCACAGUUCAAAGAGGCAAAGAUGCAUGACCCAUCCAUCCCUUAAACCUUUUUGAACUUUCAGUUACAUCAUGGGUAAUUUGCCUCAAUGCUCCAAACCUUAAUUAACAUCAUCAGAUUAUCAUAUUGCUGUUUGUGGGAGCUUGCUGAGCAUAAAAUAGUUGACUUAUUUCCCACAAUGCAACUCUGAACUUCAGAUGUAUUGGGACAUUCUAAAGUUGUGAAAGUUUAGGCUUUUAUCCCUGCUGAAAUACUCUCAUCGGUCCCAAAGUUCCAAACUUAACCCCAGGUUCCCUGAUUCCCAGUCCCCUCAUUCCACCCCAGUCUCAACCGCUUCUUCAGAUACCUGAUAGACUCUUGUUGGGGAAUUGCUUCCUGAUUGCCUUCAUUAACAACUUGAGCAGAUCAAUUACUAUAACAUUAUUACAGCGCCAGGAUCCAGGUUCAAUUCCUUCUGCUAUCUGUAAGAAGUUCGCACAUUCUCCCUGUGAGUUUCCUCUGGGUGUUCUGGUUUUCUCCCACAUUUCAAAGACAUGCUGGUUAGUAGAUUAAUGUGUCUCAUGAGUGUAAUUAGGGAACACCGGCUCGUUGGGCCGGAAAGGCCUGUUACCAUGCUGUAUCUCUUUUAAAAAAAACACAACUCUCACUAAUCAUGCCUCCCCUUGUUCUAGCCCUUCCAUUCAAGGGGAUCUCCCAGGACUAGGCUCCUUUGAAGAUGAGAAUUGGAGAUGUAUUGGGAAGGAACCCUUGUUGUCUGAACUCUUAGGUUUUGGUGGCCUGCAGGGUGGAGGUGAGGGGCAAAGGAGGUAGAGUUUUGGAAAGUUGUUCAUUCUACCAUAGUGGAUAUUUACAGGGAUCCCAUCUCCUGUUCCCAUUGUGAAAAUUGACCCAGUAGCCAGUCACCCAGUCUUGACCUGCUGAGACCCUCCAAUACUCCACCAUCAUGAAAGUUACAGUCAUAGACUUGUACAGAAACAGGCCCUUCAGCCCAUCUUUUACAUGCCAACCAUUUUGCCCAUCUACACUAAUCCCAUUUGUCUGCUGUUGCUUUUGCUUGCCUGAAGCCUUGGACUAGUGGUCAAUCAGGACAAAGACCUGUGCCUUUGUCCCGACGCCUACCGUUGGGUUGGGCAAGUUGUGGGUAGUGGUGGCGGUGGAGUUGGUAAGGAAUGAGUGUCACCUCCUUUUCCACUGCUCGCCACUUUGGCUCAAGAUAGCAAGUUUAAGCAAAGUCGCACUGGUACCACUACAUCAGCCUGUUGUAAAUGUUUGAUCGUUCCCAGCUGUUCCUCCCCUUUCAGUUAUUCUCUGCGUGGACACACAAGCUUCCAGUUUAGUGUGUUUAUAAUCAAUUCCUGUUCUACUAUACAGUUCACUGAGCUUUGUGCUUGAGAGUACAGGUCUUCCCCCUCACCUAUUAACAAAGACAGUGGUCCCCAACUUCCGGGCCACGGACCGAUACAUUGCCGCAAAGAAUGCAGUGAUGCAGCAGUAGUCGGAACGCACCCAGCACAUCUUUAAGAAAAAAGCCGAAAUAAACAAGCUAAUUAAUUAGGUGCUGCCUGGCAUGUAAAUGCAUCAGACAAAUGCCAAGAGCGAAAGCACAAGGUCCUGAAUCCAGCCAACAUAGUUCUCCAGGUCAUUGAAGCACACAAACCUCCAAACCCUACUCCAAUGUUGUGGUCUGUUUGGAGGUCAAGAGAUCCGCCAGCUUAUUUCACAGAUCUCUCUCCGCUGGCCUUAUCUAAAAGACUGGUAACCUGCACCACUGCAUUCUUCGCAGCAAUGUAUCGGUCCGUGGCCCGGUGGUUGGGUACCACUGAACAAAGAGAUAGUCUCUAAAGAACUCAUUGUUAUGCAAGCUUCUACAGCAGGUGGUAUGCCAAACAUUUAACUUGUAUGACGGAUGUAGCAAAAGAAGGUCUUUGAUCUCCUCCUACCCAAGGUAUAGUAAAUCAAGUUGUACUUGUUUUAACAAGUCAAUCAUUGCCAUGUGGAUGAGCUCAGGUCCUCAAGAGAUUACGUAUUGCCCAUUAUGCCACUGACAUGCAGGGCAGCAAUGAAGAUCCUCCAUCUGUCUGUCCAUAUCUUCCCACAUACAUAUAGAAGGGUUCUUCAUUGUUGUUUCAGGAGCAAUUUUUACUUUUGACCAGUCAGGGUUGUUAGCCCUGAGCUGAACCCCGGAACCUGGCGGACCAGUCUGCCCUCUACCCUUUGACGUAGUGUUGGCACGUGGCCAAGUGAUUAAGGCAUUCAUCUAGUGACCUGAAGGUCGCUAGUUCGAGCCUUGGCUGAGGCAGCGUGUUGUAUCCUUGAGCAAGGCACUUAACCACACAGUGCUCUGCAAGGACACCAGUGCCAAGCUGUAUGGGUCCUAAUGCCCUUCCCUUGGACAACAUUGGUGGCAUGGAGAGGGGAGACUUGCAGCAUGGGCAACUGCCGGUCUUCCAUACAACCUUGCCCAGGCCUGCGCCCUGGAAAACUUCUAAGGCACAAAUCCAUGGUCUCAUGAAACUAACGGAUGCCUAUACCCUUUGACCUGUUUGGCAUGAGUGACCCUACCAAGAGCGAAAGCUGAAUCCAGCCAACAUAGUUCUCCAGGUCAUUGAAGCACACAAGCCUCCAAACCCUACUCCAAUGUUGUGGUGUGUUUGGAGGUCAAGAGAUUCGCCAGCUUAUUUCAGAGAUCCCUCUCCUCUGGCCUUAUCUAAAAGACUGGUAAAUGUUACUGGCUGUUAUAGAUCUGUGUUUCAAAGACAGGUCAAGCAGAUGCUUUCCCUGCCCUUCGUUGCAGCUAACAAAACUCUCGAUAAGCAUCAAAUUGAAUUAGAAAAAACUUUUUGCUGCAGCAGAGGUUUAAGUAAUUAUUCCCUUACCUUCAUUUUCCCUAAAUGUUGCCAGAACUAAGCAGCUUGAGUUAUGUAGGGAGACUGGAUAAGUUGAGGCUUUUUUUCCCCUACAGAGCAUGAGAGGCUGAGGGGUGACCUUCUAGAGCAAGGGUUCACAGCCUUAUUUAUGCCAUGGAUACCUAUCAUUAACCGAGGGGCUUGUGGAUCCCAUUGGAUCUAUUGCUCCAGACAUCUGGCACUUAGCUCUUGGUAGGGUCAGCCAUGGCAGUAAGGUCAAGAGGGAGGUUCCAGACAAAGAGCAAUUCAGGCAAGACCUCAGCAGUGGAGCUGGCGGAAGAUGAUGACACAUCACAACAGUAGUGAAGGCUGAGGAAAGCUACAGCAGUGAUGGGCCCCCAGGUGUCUUGCAUUCCAUGUCACUGAACCCUGACCCUAAUCUGUCAAGGACCAUGUGGCAGCUGCUCAUGCAUCAACCUCCCCAUGUAAAACAAAGUCACACACAGGCAUUCUUCAUUAAGGAAACCCACCAUAACAUCCCAGAUAUGUGGAUCUCGGAUCAGCCUCUACAGCCACCUGAGGACCCACCAAUAGAACAUCAUACUCAACUCAAGUGAUCUCACCUCUUCUACUAAUUCUAAAAAUUCAUUAAAUCAUGAGGGACUUAGAUGAGGUGAAUUGACAUAACUUUUCCUUAGGUAAGUGACAGCAAUAGAUUUAAGCUGAGAGAGGUGAAUUUUUAAGGUUACCUGGGGAAUAACUUACCACCAAGGGGGUGAUGGGUAUUGGAACAAGCUGCCAGAGGAGGUUUUAGAGGCAAGUACAACAGGCAAAAUAGGACCAGCUCAGUGAGGCUCCUUUGGCUGAACAAGUUGAACCUCACUCACCAUGUUUGAACCGACAAUAAAAGACCGGAUUUACCCAAGUUGCUCUUUUCAGUCCAACCUUCAGUAGGCCUCUGACGUCAAUACUUGCUCAACCUGCACAGCCAGAAACAAUAGGCCUUACCUGAAUCUGCUCCUUUUAUGCUCUCUUGUUCGUUCGUUCUCUCUCUCUCACACACACACACACACCCACCCCCUUUGGUAGUGCUGUGACACACACACACACACACCCCCUUCGGUAGUGCUGUGACACUGAUACUCACCAUGCCUGAGCUGCCAAAAAAGACCAGAGUUACUCAAAUCUCCUCUUUCUAUCUUCUCACUCUGACCUUCAAUAGGCCCCUGAUGCUGACACUUACACCUCAUAUUGUAUAAGUCGAUGGCUUCUAACCAAAGCAGAGCAGAUAGAGAGGUGGCAUGGACAUACAGUUUCUUUGGUUAGUGAGUAUGUGUGUGUGUGUGUCUUUGUGUCUGGGGGGGGCAGCCUAGGAAAGGAAAGAGCUGCAACAGCAGAGCAGGUGGUGGAGAUGGCAGAGUUUUUCCAUUUAAGGUUUUUUUAUUUUGUAGGACAUGCAUCAACCAAACUCUUCAUCUCACAUCGGGGUUAGCGACAUGGUGCCUGAGGCAAGGCACAGGUUGGAAUCGGUCACUGCAUUGUAUGAACGUUUCUGUAAGUUUAAACAGCAGGCGGGUCGCAUUACAUUGGGGAAAUCAAAAUUACUUGGAAUUGUAUCCUCCAAGUAAAGCGCAAUGGCAAAAGACAUCAAAAGUAAGAUAUGUUAACAACAUAUUUACAUAAGUUUAAUAUAUGUAAACCAUUCAAAUAGACAUGAAGACACCUUAACCCACAAAUACUGCUAAUGGUACCAUUGGAAGCUUCUACCAGCACGACAUUUACCCAAGGGGUUCAAGGGCUGAACUUGUUUAGGAGUCAACAUCCCUUGUAUCAAUACCUUCCUUGAAGUCUGUCCUAACUCAUGUGCUGGCUGUAUUGAUCACACUGUGCUUCUCAGAGAUGGAGGAUCUGGAGUUUGAGAGUCACUCCGGGCACUUGAAACCAUCAUUCAGUCAUUCCCUGCACCACAGGAUUACUGUGUUGGCAAAGGUAUCUUAUCAACUGUGAAGAUGGACUGAGCUUCCCAUCUGCCCUUUCAGAUGGAUGGAAAGGAACUCAUGAUGUUAUGGAAGAAGAGCAAGAGCAGGUUCUCUCUAGUAUCUGGGCUGAUAAUUAAUCCUCAACCAACAUCACUGUCUUUUUAUCUGAAAUUGCUGUGCGCAAAUUAGCUGCCACAGUUUGCUUCAUGUGACAAACAGAAAUAGUUCUUGUUAGCUGUGAUGCACUUUGAGGUAAAGAAAGGUAUUGCAUAAAUGUAAGUUCUUCCACGUGCAUUUUGGUUUGACACAGCAAACUGCUGUAGGGACUCAACGUUUCAGAUUGACUGAUGCUAAGACAGGAGCGGAAUUAGGCCACUUGGCGCAUUGACUCUGGUUCACCAUUCCAUCGUCUAUGGAAAAGAGUAGAUAGUGGACAUCUCAGGCCAAGGUCCUGAAGAAGGGUCUCAGUCUGAAGUGUAAACUUUACUCUUCAAUAGAGGCUACCUGGCCAGCUGAGUUUCUGCUGCAUUUUGUGUGUUUUGCUUGAAUUUCCAGCAUCUGCAGAUUUUCCCUGGUUUAUUCUGAUUUAUUAUCCCACUCAACCCCAUUUUCCUGCCUUCUCCCCAUAGCUUUUGAGGCACGUAUUAAUCAAGAGCCUAUCAGCCUUUGCUUUAGAUAUACCCAGUAACUUGGUCUCGACAGUUACCUGUUGCAAUAGCUUCCACAGAUUCACCACCUCCUGGCUAAAGAAAUUCCUCCUGAUCUUUCUUCUAAAGGCACAUCAUUCUAUUCUGAAGCUGUGCCCUCUGGUCCUAGACUCUCCCACUAUAGGAAACAUGCUCUACAUGUCCACUCUAUUUAGUAUGUUCAACAUUCGAUAGGUUUCAGUGAGAUCCCACUCAUUCUUUUAAAUACCAAUGAGUACAGGCCCAGAGUCAUCAAACAGUCCUCGUAUGCUAACCCUUUCUUUUCCAGAAUCAUUCUCCUGAACCACCUCUGGACUCUCUCCAAUGCCAGCACAUUUUUUCUUAGAUGAGGAGCCCAAAACUGCUCAUGAAGCUUCAGAUGCAGUCUGACUAAUGCUUUGUAAAGCCUCAAAGAUACAGGGUCUCAACCAGAAACAUCAAUCUUCCCUUCAGCUCCACAGAUGCUGCUCGACUUGCUGAGUCCCUCCAGCAGUUGUUGCUGUGCUCCAAAUUUCCACACUUGUUGUCUGUUGUGUCUCUCUCUUAGAUUUGGUUGCUGAGCUGCCCUGGAUGGUUCUCUACCAUCCUAGAGGUUGGGGUGCUUUCACUCCACACAGAAGUGGACCAGGCUUGCACAGAGGUGAUUCAGAUCUGGUAACCCCCAAGAUGAAUGUGUUCCACAGGAAGUCACCCUAGUUGCCAUGGUAUUACACACCUUCAUUUUCUUGUGUUCUAUAUAAAUGCUCCAGGUUACUAAUAAUGUGCUUUACUGUACCCCAGGAGGUGCGUAGCUCACUGAAUGGGUGAGUUGGGAAAAUUCAUUCCUCCUCUGUGCACCUCCAUUUGUACCAUCAAAAAUCAGACAACAGGGUGUGUGAGGAAUAGAAAAACACCGCCUAACCCCAUCCUUAUCAGCUGUUGACAAGUUAAAAGAGGGCUGGAUCCUCGCCUUGAGAAUAAGCUAUCAUUCUGACUGCCAAGAUUAUGUGUAGAAGAGUGAUUAUUUAUCAAAGGAGUAGAGACUGAAGAAUGGGUUCUGGGAUCUUAAAUUGUUUUAUUAUUGUUACGCCUUCUGAGGUACAGUGAAAAUCUUGCAUAUCAGAUUGAUUGUUACAAUAGUGGAUUGAGGUUGUACAAGGUAAGACAAUAACAAAAUAUAUAAUGUGUUACAGUUACUGGGAAAAUGCAGUGCAGGUAGGUAAUAAGGUACAAGGCCGUGGCGAGGCAGACUGCCAGGUCAAGAGUCCAUCUUAUUGUAGUAGGGGACCGUGCAAAUGUCUUAGAAAAGGGAUAGAUGCAUUCCUUGAGUCUGCUGGCAAAUACAUUCAGAUUUGUAUCUGGUCCCCUGUGGGAGAGGGGAGAGAAUGUUGCCAUAGUCAUUAAACUUUGUUAACAAUGCAGCAAGCAUUGAAAAUGGUCGUCAGUAUCUGUGAACAUGUGAAAGAACUAAUGCUAGGUCAUGGCUUGAACCUUAUCUCUGUUACUCCAUAAGUACUGCCUCAUGCACUGUGUAUUUGCAGUAUUUUUGUUGACUGUUUCCAACACUUUGCGAUAUCACACCUCAACUUUUGACCCGCCCCACCACCAUCAGACUAUUGUAUUUCUCUGUCUGGGAGAGUUCCAAGUGAAAAUUCUGUACUGCUGUCCAUGUUCCCUCUUAUCUACAAGAGGUGGCAUGGACAUUUUUAAGCCAAUAGUGAUAUUAGACCUUGUGACAUUUGAUUACACCGUAAAUGAAUGACUUGGAAGGAAAAUAUUUACAAAUAAAUUAAUUAUUGCUUCAAUGUGUCAACUUUCUAUGGUACCCUGCAGUUGUUCAAUGUUGGCAAUCUAUGUCAUGGAAUAGGGUUGAUAAAAGAGUCAUAGCACAGCAUAGAAACAGGUCCCUUGGCUCAACUUCAUGCCAACUAGGAUGCCUGCUUAAGCUACUCGCAUUUGCCCAUGAUUGGCUAAUAACCCAAACGUCUCUUAAAUAUUAUUGCAUCUGCCUCAACGGCAACUGGUGCCAUAUACAAACCACAUGUUUCUACCCUCUCUUUCUGCACUACAUAUUCAUGUAUAUAUAUAUAAAAUUACAUUUAAAUUAUUUAAAAUUGUAAUUUAUCAUUUUUUAUUAUUAUGUACUGCUGCCACAAAGUGUCAAAUUUCACGGCAUCUGCCAGCAAUAUUAAAUCUAAUUCUGAAGAAGCUGCCUCUCAUGGCCCUUUUAAGUCUUCCCUGUUUCACUUUCAAGGUAUGCCUUCUAGUUUUUUAAUUGUUUCCCUGUGGAGCAAGACUGAAUCCAUUCACCGUCAGUCUGUCUGUCAUUUGUUUUAUAUAGCUCUUUAAUCAGUCUCCUAUGCUUCAAAGAAUAAAGUCCUUAGCCUCCAAUGUCUCCCUAAAGCUUGGGAUGUUGAGCCCUGGUGACAUUAUCAUUCUAAUUUAGGUCUUUCCUAUAACAGGACGACCAAAGCUAUAUAUUGUACUCCAGAUGUCUUGUUUAACUGCAAUAUAACAUCCAGCUCUUAUACUCAAUGGCCUGACUGUUGAAGGGUAGAGCGCCAAGCACCAGCUUCACAAGCCUGUCUACCUGUGAUACAAUUUUCAGUGAGCUCAAUACUUGUGCUCCACAGCUCUCCUCAGGGCCUUACCAUUUAUAUCCUACCUUGGUUAUCCUCGCCAAAAUGCAAUACCUGGCACUUGACUGAAUUGAAAGCCAUUUGCCAGUUCUUAGUUCACUUACCUAGUUGAUCAAGGUCUCUCUUAAUUCCUGAUCAUUUUCUUUGCUGUCUCGGAUAAUGCCAUCUGAAAACUCAGCAGUUGUCUCCUAACAUCAUCAGGGACUCAGCCCAAAAUGUCGACUGUUUAUUCUUUCCCAUAGAUGCUGCCUGGCCUGCUGAGUGUCUCCAACAUUUUGUGUGUGUUGCUUGGAUUUCUAGCAUGAGUAGACUUAUUUGGUAUUACCUCCCACAUCCCCAUUACCUUGAAAGGAUAAGAGCAGCAGGCACAGGGGAGCACCACUGGUUACAUGCCGCUCUUAACCGAAGAAACUUAUUGGCCAUUCCAUCAUCAUGGCUGCGCCAGAUCCUUAGUGUUCCCUGCCUAACACCAGGAACAGCUUUAUUGCACAACUCAAUUUAAUAGCUCCCUAAUGCCUUCACAGGACCAAGCAGUGAUAUAAUUUCAAACUGUCCCAGUGAGUGACAAAUGAUUAAAACACCUUUCCAUCCUCUACUCCAUAGCUGGGUGCAGUUAGCACAGAUAAUAGGAUGUCUCAAAACCUGGAUUAGUAGUGUAGAUUUGCUCUAUGUGAAGAGCAGGGCUGAAGAUUAGGUUAUGAAGACAGACUCUGGAACUUUAUUCUGCUGGGGGAUCUAGAAAAUUCAUUUUCAGGGUCAAGAAACCACGAAUGUGAAAUGGAGCUCACCCAUUAAUUCUGGUGUGUAUUUACGAUAGUCGGAGCAUCAUGAAACAUCUCCCUCUUUCCCCAACCAUUGUCCUGUUGCAUCCUUGCCUGGGAUUAAGGAUAAACUAUUCACCAUAUACUUUACAUGUAUUAGGUACUCACUGUAGUGUGUUCACACAACAUUCAACAAUUACAAAGGAUUAUAUAAAAAUAAAGGUUUAAGGAUGGAUAUAGAAUAAAUUGUGCAUAUAUACAUAAAUACCAGAAUGCAUUUUAUCAACCCAAUACAUCACAGGUGUUGCAAUGUGAACAAAGUCACUGGAGAGAGGCUGAAGUUAGUGGAUAGAGAAGUGGUUUUUUGAACAAGAAUGAACAGCAGGCAUCAUAUUGAGACUCCUUCAAAGAAAGAGGUCUGUUCGACCCAAUAUUACAUGAUAUUUUAUAUGCUAAAGAUCAAAGGACAAUUCUGUAUUUACAAUGUAUCUACAAUGCUUCCUUUGACUUACACACAACUUCCACAGUUCCUUCUUUGCACGCAUAGUCUAGUUUUUCAAUUAAGUGGUGUCCACAGUUUAAGGAACCUAUGGUGCAGGGCUGCAUUUUAAAUUUAAUCUACAUUUCACAUUCGGGUCUAAAGAUUGGUUGCUGAAGUUAAUAUUUUGCUAUAUACCCUAAAUCCAGAAUAAGCCCUAACAAUGGGUAAAGCCCUCCCGAUCAUUGAGCACAUACAAAUGAACCACUGUUGCAGGAAAGCAGCGUCCAUCAUCAGAGAUCACUGCCACCUAGGCCAUCUUCUUUUCUCACUGCUGCUAUCAGAUAGAAGGUAUAGGACCCUCAGGACUCGCACCACCACAUUCAAGAAUGGUUACUACCCCUCAAUCGUCAGGCUCUUGAGCAAAGGGGAUGACUAUACUCACUUGCCCCCAUCCAUUGAGAUGUUCCCACAAUCAAUUAUCACUCUUUAUCUCAUUAUCUCAUGUUCACUUUAUUUAUUGCUAUUUAUUUAAAUUUGCACUAUUUGUUGUCUCCUACACUCUGUUAUAGUUACUAUUCUAUAAAUUUACUGAGUAUGCCUACAGGAAAAUUAAUCUCAUGGUUGUGUAUGGUGACAUAUAUGUACUUUGAUCAUAAAAUUGACUUUGAACUAUUUACAAUGUAAGCAGCAUUAUAAAGAGUAGUUUGAAGUGUUUACAGUGCAGUAGCAUGAUGGGAGUAAAAGAUAGUGGGAGAGGGCCUAAGUAGAAUGGCUAAUCAGAUUAACUGCCUGGGGAAAGAAAAGAUAAUGUGACAUUUUAAUAGCCCUAUAGCACUUUCCAAAAGGGAGUUUUUUAAAAAGGCAGUUUGCAGGGUGGGUAGUGUCCACAAUUACUUUUCCCACCUGCCCACUUAUCCUGGACACAUACAAGUCCUGCAGUGAUGGUAGACUGCAGCCAAAACUCAUAUGCACAAAGAAUAUCUUGUAUAAUUCCUCCUUUUCCUUCUGGUAAAAAAAAGUUUUCCCUCCCCUACUCUUCCAUUCCCCACUCUGGCCUCUAAUGUCUUAUACAACUUCAACAUAACAUCCCAUUUCCUGCAUUCAAUACUUCAAUUUUUGAAGACCAAUGAGCCAAAAGCUUUCUUUACGACCCUAUCUCCCUGUGAUGCCACUUUCAAUCAAUUAUGAACCUGUACUCCCAGAUAGCUUUGUUCUACCACACACCUCAAUGCCCUACUGUUCACUCUGUAAGACCUACCCUGGCUGGUCCUACCGAGUACAAAAUCUAGCACUUGUCUGCGUUAAAUUCCAUCUGCCAUUUUUCCAGCUGAUGCAGAUGUUUCUUUAAUAACAGAGCCACUUGUUUUUUUUUAUUUUGUAUGCUUUGGAAACAAAAUUCUUUAUGGUACUGCUGCAGAGAAGUGCCUGCUAUUCGACUGAUAAGUCUUUCACACUUCCUGUUCUACAAAGAAGAUGCUGAGGAGUGUUUUCCUCUUGUCAAUCUUGUAAAAGGACACUUUUGUCCAGAAAGUCAUGCAUUUGUCCUGGUUUCAGUUGUGAAAACACAACAUAAGUGCACAUACUUCACAGUUGGGAUCACGAGGGAGCAUUUGUGGAAUAAUUGAAAGCAUCCCCACUGGAGGACGUACCUGAGGUGCUGAUGGACACUCAGAUGGAGACGGAGGAGCUGAACUGGCUGGCGCUGCCCAGCAGUGGGUGGGAAGAGGCUGUGGCCGUGGACAAAAAUUUCCAGACCACACGGACGUACCGGGUGUGCAACGUGGAGCUUCCGAACCAGGACAACUGGCUGCGCAGUAGCUUUAUGCGGCGGGGAGAGGCUCGACUGGUCUACGUGGACCUGAGGUUCUCCGUCCGGGACUGCACGUCCUUCCAGGGGGCCGCUGGCUUCUGUCGGGAGACCUUCACCCUCUACUACCGCCAGUCGGACUCUGAGGAGACAGUCCCGGCCGCCGGCGCCCAACAGCUGAGAGCGGCGUACGCCAAGGUGCAGGAGGUGGGAGCCGAGCACGUCUUCAGCCUAGGGAGCGGCGGCCAGGUGAACAGGGUCACUGUGAGGGUGUGGCCGCUCUCCAAGGCCGGCUUCAGGCUGGCUUUCCGGGACCAGGGGGCGUGCGUCAACUUGCUCUCCGUCCGGGUCUACUUCAAGAGGUGCCCGGCCACCGUCGCCAAUCUGGCCCACUUCCCCGAGGUGGCAACGGGCGAUGGGCCGUCCUCGCUGGUGGUGGCGGCCGGCUUCUGCGUGCCCAACGCCGAGGACGACUCCGUCCCACUCAAGAUGUUCUGUGGCAGCGAGGGCGACUGGGUGGGAGGCGCCGGCGCCUGCCGCUGUCGCCGCGGUUACCGGAGCAACGAGGAGCUCACUGCAUGUACAGAAAUUGAAGACUAUGUGACGCUCACCCCCACCCAAUCAUCCCAGAAUGACCCGCGCCCCUCCUGCAUCCAAUCGGAAGAGCAGAUUGCCCUCUUGCGAGCCAAUGGGCGCCUGCUGGAGGAACAGGCUCGGACCCUGGGACAACUGGUACGGGCGGUGGGGGCCCUCAACGCCACCCUCAGUGCCAUCUUGCAGAGGCUUCCCGGACUACUGGAAGGAACGGCCGAGGGUGAAUCCUCGUCGGAUGCUGAUCCCGGGCGGGGAGGACGGAGCUCCCAACUAACGCCAUAGACAUUGGAACACCCAAGGGAUUGUGGGCGGAGCAAAGAACUGCCGGAGGAAUCUGGAGUUCUGCAGGGUGCAGGGAACUGUCGACGUUUCGGGUUCGAGACCCGGCAUCGGGACUGAACGGAGAGGAGAUGGCCAAUCUCUCUCUGUCUCCCAAACCCCAACUUUUCCCCGUCUUUCCAUCUCGUCUCAUCCCUUAUUCCCCCUCCCCCCUCCCAUCGUUAACUGGAGCUCGGGGCCAUUUUAAAACCCCGCCCCUUCCCCCACAGACCUGUCUGUCCUCGGCCUCCUCCACCGCCAAGGCGAGGGCAAACUCAAGCUGGGUUGUGGGGGGUGGGGGCGGCCGUAUCAGCACCUCGUGUUCCCCCUGGCUUGAACAUUGGAAUUUCCAGCAGAGAAAAUCUGCAGAAGCUGGAAACCCAAGCAACGGACAGAAAAUGCUGGAGAAACUCAGCCGGUCAGGCGGCACCUAUGGAAAUGAGUCGAAGCCAACAGCUUUCAUCGGGCAACACACAUCAAAGUUGCUGGUGAACGCAGCAGGUCAGGCAGCAUCUAUAGGAAGAGGCGCGUUCGACGUUUCAGUCCUGACGAAGGGUCUCGGCCUGAAACGUCGACUGCGCCUCUUCCUAUAGAUGCUGCCUGGCCUGCUGCGUUCACCAGCAACUUUGGUGUGUGUUGCUUGAAUUUCCAGCAUCUGCAGAAUUCCUGUUGUUAGCUUUCAUCGGGACCGGAAAGGAAGGGAGAGGUCAGAGUAAGAAGUUGGGGGGAGGAGAGGAAGAAGUAGAACGUGAUACGUUAAACCGGGAAGCGGGGGGGGGGGGGGUUGAAGUGCUGGGAAGUUGAUUGGUGAGAAGGAUAAAUGGCUGAUAGCAGAGGGUAGAAGACCGUGUGAGAAAGAGAAGGAGGAGAGCUAUCUGAGAGAGGUGAUGGGCAGGUAAGGAGAUAAGGAGAGAGGGAAACCGGAAUGGUGAAGGGUGGGGGGGGGGAGGCAACAACUACAAGAAGUUCGAGACUUCAAGAGAUCGAUGUUCAUGCCACGAGGUUGGGGUCGACCUGCGCGGAAUAUAAGGUGUUGCUCCUCCAACCUAAGUGCGGCUUUAUGGCGGCGGUAGAGGAGACCAUGGACUGACAUGUCGAGAUUUCCAUUUUCCAGCAGCUCCUUUAUCCCCUUUCUCUCCUCCUAUCUCCCCAGUUCCUCCCCCCCCCCAUCUCCCUGUUUACUUCCCCCUCCCAUAGUAUAUAGAGUCGUUUUCUGUGACUCUGUUACGCGGGAAAUGGUUCUGGGUCGCGAGUUAUGAGAUUUUGGAGUUGCAAUUAUGGAGAGAAUACAUGUAAGAAAUGUAUUGGUAUAAAGGCGUAAAAGAAAUUUGCUUUGUGAUUAAUUGCGUCCAGAGGGGAGGGGUUGAGGAGGGCCGUGGUCGAGAGGAAGGGGGAAUGCGGAACCUGGAAAAGACCCCGUC